AUGAAUCAAACGUCCCCUGACGUCACCUGCUUUACAGGCGACAUUACUGAUGGACUUGUAGAAAUAUUUUUCACAGUGAAUUUUUUCGCUUUGAACGCCAUAAUUGGCUCCGUCGGACUCGUGGUGAAUGUUAUCAAAGUGAUUGUGUUUUUCCAACUUGGACUCAAUGACAGCACCAACAUUUCCUUCUUUGUCCUGUCUCUUGCUGAUGCUGGUAUCGGGUUGCUCAUGCUUGGCUUCAGCGUAGUCUUCAACCCACUGUUUCAGCAAACGAUCUCAAACAUAGACGUCGAGUUCGCCAUAUCCUACUAUUGCGUUUCCUGGCCGUAUAGUGUUUUCAGCCGAGUAGCAGCCUUAAUGACCGCGGUCAUCACCGUGGAGAGAUUUUUAUGUAUAACAUUUCCGUUGAAAGUGAAGGAGAUUAUGAACCCGACUAUAACCGCCAUUACGUCCAUAACCUUAACAUUUCUUGUACUGGCCACUGUGAUACCAGCUUUUGUAGCUACACAUCUUGGACCCGUGUUCAACGAGAAACUGAACGAGACCAUACUAGGACUUGUUCAAACUGAAUACAGAGUACAACUAGAGACUUUCUCUUAUUUCUUCUUGGCUUUCUUUCAAAUCCUGUCUAUAGUUGUUAUCACAGUCUUCACCAUCGCAUUGACACACAGAUUUCUUCAAAUCACUAGCUGGAGAAAUCAAGUGUCCAAUAAAAGCGGAGAACUCUCAGGCAAAGAUAAGAGGCUGGUCAAGAUGGUCAUACUUCUGUCUAUAUCAUUUUUAUUGUUCUCAAUUCCAGCUAUAGUCUUUAUAUUUUUUGCGGAAUUCCAAGCAGGAUUCACCAUUAUUGGAGCGUGCAAAAAUUUAUAUUUUAUUUUUAGUUCGUUCAUUUUUCCAACGGACGCAAUGAAUUCCAUAGUCAGUUUCUUUCUGUUGGUACACAUGAGCUCCAAGUUUCAACACGUCGUCAACGUGAUGCUUCGAGUGGUCAUGAGAGGAAAGAAAAACAAACGACAGACAGAAGAAUAA